UAUGCCGGCUCUACGUUUAUUAUUGUUAUAAGGAUACUGGCGUGUGUUCGUUGGGGUGUUUCGGCGUGAUACGAUUUUUUACUGCGUGACAAAAUUGGAAUAAUAAACAAAACUGCACUAUGAAUUUCUUGUAUCGGAUACCGUUCUACGUGUUGGAAGUUCCUAAUAUUAAAUUGAAAAGGCCGUCAUGGUUUGUGAAACCAAGUGCAAUGGUUGUUUUCUCAAUGGUGCUACUGUCAUACUUUUUGAUGACUGGAGGAAUCAUAUACGAUGUGAUUUUGGAACCUCCAAGCGUUGGUCAAACCACAGAUGAACAUGGACACAGCAGACCUGUUGCUUUUAUGGCUUAUAGAGUCAAUGGUCAGUACAUCAUGGAAGGAUUAGCAUCAAGUUUUCUUUUCACCCUUGGAGGCUUAGGUUUCAUUAUUCUUGAUCAUACUCACAGCCCAUCCAUGCCAAAACUAACAAGAAUAUUGUUAAUUAGUGUGGGUUUCAUAAGUAUACUGGUUUCAUUCAUUUGCUGCUGGAUAUUCAUGCGCAUGAAAUUACCGGGAUACCUGCAAGUGUGAAAUUGAAUGGACUGAAGAUACUAUAUCAUUACCACAAAAUUAAUUUUUAUUUGCCUCAAUCACAUUUACUCUAUAAGUAAUAAUUUUUAUUUUGCUAUAAAGAAAUACAUAAAUACAAGAUAUUGUAAAUAUGCAAAUCAGUAAGAAAGAAUGUUUUUAUUAUAUAUAAUCUAAUUCAUAAAUUAGAAUAAAAACUUAUAGAACAUUGAAAAAAGUACUUGGAUAAAAAAAAUCUUGAGAAUAUUACAAUUGCUCCUACGCGCCAUAUGAUUUUAUUGCACAAAAUUAAGCUCGAUUUACAAUUAGCAGUGUUCAUUUGCUGGUUGUUAAAGCUCAGAAGGAUGAGCUUUUUUACAAGGAAAUUCUUUAGAAGGUGUCUCUAGAUCAGCUGCAUUAAUUCAGUAAUCAACAACAGUGAAAAAUAAGGAUAUCCAAAAAUUUUUGAAUGGACUCUAGACUAAUAAAAAAAACUACAGUGGAU